AUGGGUUCAGUAAAUAGUCAUCUGAUGAAUUCAGAUCAUUCGGAACCAUUAUCACAACAACAAAGUGAUCAUACACAAAUAAAUGAAUCUAUAAUCUAUACAGGUUUUUGGCAUCGAUUAUUUAAAAGAACUAAAAAUUUAGACAGUGAUACAUCACAUGUAAAUUCACCUAUUCUAAAUGAACAAUCGAAUAAAUUAAAUAUACAAUCAGAUCAUUUACAAAAUCAUAUUUCAUAUCAACAUACUACUAAUAAACUACUUACAAAUGAUAAACUAGAUCUAUCUAGACCAGUUUCAAUAGAAUAUAAUAAUAAUAAUAACAAUAAUAAUAAUAAUAAUAAUAAUAAUAAUAAUAAUAGUAGUAUUAAUAGUAGUACAAGUAGUAGUAUGAAAAAUUAUAAAAAAUCAUUUGAACGUAAACAUUUUACAGAAUCUGGUCAUCAUCAAUUUCAAAUUACAUCAUUAUCUAGUCGGAAACAACGUCUAUUACGUAAUCAUACAUCCUAUCAGCAUAAUACACCAAUAAAUCCAUCUAUGAAUCAAACACAAUUUUAUACUACUGAUAUAAUGAAUAUAAGUAGUCAAAUAAAUUCAGAUAAAAUAAAUGUCACUAAAUGUAAUUUAUUAAAAGGUGAAUCAAAAAGUCAAAAUUAUUUAGAUUUAGAUCAAUCACCUAAAAUGCGUUAUGUACGUAAAUUGAAUGCAUUUGCUAGUGUACCAGAUUUAACUAAAAAACCAAUACGUAGUGCAUUAAAAGGCAGUCGAAAUAGCAGUGUAAAUCGAUCAAUACAUGAACAUGAACAUGAUCAUGAACAUGUUACUAUAUCACCAAAUCCUUUAAAUUCUGAUUCAUUUUCAUUAACACCACCAACACCAAAUGAAAUGAAUCAUAUAAUACAUGAUCAAUUAAUUGAUUUAUCAAAUACAAUAAUCAAUAUGAAACCAAUACAUAAAACAAAUUAUAAAAAGCUAAAUGAUUCUAAUUGGUUACCAAGUAAAUUUGAUUUUUCUAAUAUAAAUAAUCUGAAAAUUGAAUAUAGUGAAUAUUCACCUGAAUUUAAACGAUUCAAUGGAUUAAAUAAGAAUCAUUAUGAAGUAUCUAAAGAAGAGAAAGCGGAUCAUGAAGAUGAUAUAAUGAAUUUAAAGAAAGUGAAUAUACUAUGUGAUAAUGAAACUAAUGAUAAUAUAACUGGUAAUAAUGAUAUAAUAGAUGAUGACAAUGAAGAUAAUGUUGAUUCUAAUCAAUUGAUUCCACGAUUUCAUUCAAAACUCUUGAGACGUGAUAGUAUGGAAUGUUACCUCGAAACAAACAAAACACAUGAUAUACGUCAUGAAAGGGAUCAUCCUCUUUCCGAUCUUAUUGAAGAUGUGAAAAACGGAAAGCAUUCUUUUCGUGAUUCAACGAAUGGAACGACUGACUUGGUAGAGGAAGAAGAAGAAGAAAAUACGAAUGACGAUGAUGAUGACGACGACGACGGUGAAAUCGAUGAAAAUAGUGCUGAUUCCUUGUCCAAUUCAAUAAAAGAUGAGUACUCACCCAAACCUUUGAUAACUGAAGUACUUUCACCUUCCUUAUGUGCCAGUGGUUAUGGUCCAGUUGGGCACUUGUUAACAAGAUGGUUACCUCAAAGACAUUUCUGUGAAUUACUAAUUGGAAGCAAUGAAAGUUCAGAUACUUCAGAAGAGGCUAAAUGGUUAAGAAGAAAGGAAUUAUUAAAAGAACUUGCUAGAACUUCAUCUAUUUAUACAGAAGGUAUGACACAAGAAAUGUUUAUGUUAAGAUUUUCUGAAUUCGUUGAAGUACAAGAAUUGGAACCAUGUGAUCGAAGUGCUGAUAAACCAUGGAUAAGAUUAACACCAAAAGAUAAAGCACAAAUUCGUAGAGAGUUAAAUGAUUACAAAAUGGCUGAAAUGGAUGUACAUCAAGAUAGUCGACAAUUCACCAGAUUUCAUCCUCCAUAA